AUGACCCCGAACGAGGGCGCUGGCACUCGUCGUCGCCUCCGCUCAAAUCAUGCUUGUAUCAACUGCCGGAGGAAGAAAACACGGUGUCCGGGCGAGAAGCCGGCCUGCUCGUGCUGCGUGCGUCUCAACCAGCAGUGCUCGUACGCUGCUGCUGGAGGCUCUACCAGUGGGCCAAACAGCGACCGUCUAGCGGAACUGGAGGAGAAAGUCAAUCGCAUACUGCGAGGAGCCGGAUCCGGCCAGCAAACGCAAGAACAAGUUCAACUCGACGACGCGACCGAGUUUUCCACCCAGACUGCGCAUGGCGACAUCAGUUAUAACCAGGAAAAUGGAUUUCCAUCGAUAUUUGGGCUCGACGACUCCAGUCCGCCGGCCUCGUCGCUCGCCGUCGCCAGGGCUGUCGAUCUGUACCUGGAGUUCUGUCAUCGCCAGCCGGUCUGGUGCUUGAAUAUAAAGGAACUGGGGAAUCUGGAGACCCACCCCGAGGAGCUCGUCUGCAGCAUCUUUGCAUUGACGUCGCGUUUCCUGCGCGAGUCGGGGGACCGCUAUGCAGACAGUGCGAAGAGCCUGAUAAUGCUGCGGAUUGCGAAUGGGACGGUGGAGCUGGUUACCAUUGAGAGCAUCUGUUUACUGGCCUAUUCUGCGUUUAUAGACGGCCAGUUGCAACUGGGACGGUUCUAUCUAGGGCUUGGGUCGCAGCUCUGUCGCGCGGCCAUGUUGGAUACUGAAGCGGCGUAUACGAGAGAAGACCGACAGGCAGAACGCAAGAAGCGUAUAUUCUGGAGUCUACAACUACUAGAACAGUCGUACGGUCGACAGACUGGUCUCCUGAAUAUCCCGACCGCAACCUGGAGACCUCCCUAUCUGUCUAGGUCCAACCCUAGCGACCACGAGAGGGACAUGACCCCCAAGCCCCCUCCAGAGCCCAGAGAUGCCGUUGGAUGCUCCGCCCCAGACGAUACCGGAGUCUGGAGCAUGUCCAUCCAUUUCGGCUGGGUCUGGAGUAAUGUGCGAGCCUACGUGUCACACUGCGCCAACAACCGACUCACGGAGCCCUGGAGACACGAGUCGAUGUACUCCGUCGUGCUAUCAGACCUGACGGAAAUCGAGAACAACACGCCUUUAUGCCAUAGAUACGAUGCUGUCCAGUUCUACCGACGCACGGCAGAAGAUCUGGCCAUGAACCGGGCAUACUGGGUACCCUGGCUGAAACUGCAAUUCACAUAUCAUGCCAUUCUGACCGUGCUGAACCACCCCUUCCUGUACAUUAUGGCCUCUCAACACAACCCCAAGCUCGCAAUCCCAAAUACCUUCUGGCGGCGGUCGUCAGAGGUCGUCCUCUUGCAUGCCACCUGGAUUGUGCGUCUGAUCGACAUGGUGGCCGAGAAAAACGUCCGACUGGCAGAUCCAUUCUUCGCCCAUGUCGCCACCAUCGCAGCCACCGUGCAGUUGUACUUUUGCUGCGCUGAUGACCCCCGGCUGAAGUUCAAAUCGCGGGCCGACUUUGCAAAGUGCAACGACUUUCUACGAACCUUUGUCCCGUUCUCGCGUGCCUGCGAAGCCUUGAGCCGAAAACUGGACGAGCUCACACGCAUCGCCUCUGGCUCCGACAUCCUCGAUCUGGACGACUGGGUCCCGUCUAAAAUCCACCUAAACAUCCCUCUCAUGUGGGAUAUCCUCCAAUUCAACGUCGCUGACCAGUCCUCAGGAAGCGAAGGCCUGCUUCACCAGUCACUAGCACCGACCUCCAUGCCCCCUGGCCCUAAUGAAAUCUCUACUCUAGAUAUAAUUGUCACAGCCUCGCCGGAAGUCAGCGUGAACACAACAGACGGCGGACAGGCCGUUCCAAUGCCACUCUACCGCAGCCCGACAGCAGCAACGGCGGAGUCCCUGCGCACGACCUCACUGCGGGACCCCCUCGUGGCACCCGUCGACAGCCUCAUGCUCAACACGCCCUGGCUGUGGGCAGACUCGGCCAAUUUUGGGAACAUGGACGACGUGGAGUACCACGGCAGCAACGGCAGCAACUCGGGGGCGCUGCCUCCAGGAGAAAUAGAGGGCUCGGCGUGGUGGAAUCUCGGGAAUUUAUAA